GUGUUUUGAGAUCAAAGGAGAUCCGCUUUGUAGAAGGGCGAGGAGGAGGGGGUGAAGAGAGAGAGAGAGAGAGAGAGAGAGAGAGAGAGAGAGAGAGAGAGAGAGAGAGAGAGAGAGAGAGAGAGGAGAGGAGGAGAGAGAGAGAGAGAGAGCGUUUGCAGGCAAUGUAAUUGACAAGGCUUGCAGUGGUGAAAUAAACACGCUCCAGCCCAGGCUCAGCUUUUAUUGCACAAUUCUGCCUUUUUUUGACGCAUCGCCCGUUGCCCGCGUAGACCUGAGAUCGAUUACCUACACCCGAUUAAUAAAUCCGUGUGAAAUUAUGUCCCGAUCGGCGAAGAUCCAGCCGGCAAGAUGAUGAUUUUACCACGGAGAGGCUCAGAUCGUGUACCCGACUCGGUGGUCCUGGUGAUCUUCGUGGUUGCCGCUUCUCUUGGUACGGUUUUUGCCAAGGAUACUGCCUUUGUGGAAGUGGUUCUGUUCGAGUCCAGUCCCAAUGGAGAUUAUACUACGUACACGACUGGUUUGCAAGGACGGUUCUCCAAAGCAGGAGCCACUAUCAGCGCGGAGGGGGAGAUCGUUCAAAUGCAUCCUUUGGGACUAUGUAAUAAUAAUGAUGAGGAGGACCUAUAUGAGUAUGGCUGGGUCGGAGUGGUGAAGCUGGAGCAACCAGAGCUGGACCCCAGUUGUCUCACCGUACUGGGAAAGGCGAAGAGAGCCGUGCAGCGGGGAGCCACCGCCGUCAUCUUUGAUGUGUCGGAGAAUCCGGAUGCCAUCGACCAGCUGAACCAGGUUGCAGAGGAUCCUCUGAAGCGGCCCGUGGUUUACGUGAAGGGCAAUGACGCCGUCAAAUUGAUGAACAUCGUCAACAAGCAGAAAGUGGCCCGCGCUCGGAUACAACACAGACCACCGAGGCCCACAGAAUAUUUCGACAUGGGCAUCUUCCUAGCUUUCUUCGUGGUUGUGUCGCUGGUGUGCCUCAUUCUGCUCAUCAAGAUCAAACUCAAGCAAAGGAGAAGCCAGAGCUCCAUGAACAGAAUGGCCAUCCAAGCCUUGGAAAAGAUGGAGACGAGGAAGUUCAAGGCCAAAGGAAAGGGCCAGCGCGAGAGCAGCUGUGGAGCCUCCGAUUCUCUGAGCAGCAGCUCCACCUCCGACUGCGCCAUCUGUCUAGAAAAGUACAUCGAUGGGGAGGAGCUGCGAGUUAUCCCGUGUGCUCACAGGUUUCAUAAGAAAUGUGUGGACCCCUGGCUGCUCCAGCAUCACACCUGCCCCCACUGUAGACACAACAUCAUCGAGCAAAAGAAGGGGAAUCCAGGACCAGCCUGCAUGGACCCCGGCAACCCAGUGCACAGCCGGCAGCGGGUGGUGCUGCCGGUCCACUACCCCGGCAGGGUGCACCGCGCCGGCCAGGUGACCGCCUACCCAACCAGAACCAGCAUGGACCCCCACGGAAACCCCAUCACCAUGCUGACCGUGGACCAGCACCCAGAUCCUCAGGGUCUGUACACCCCCCAAUCAACAUCCGCCUUUCUGCGGAGCUACCACCCCACCCUCCAUCUGGACCACUCGGUCAACCCCCACCACUGUGGAUUAGAGCACCGCGGCCCCCCCGCCUACCCAGCACAGCCGCAUCACGGUGCUUUCAAACGGCCAAAGUUCCAUGGUCGAAAUUUUUCCCGAGCAGCGUGCUUCUCGCAGUACGAGACUAUGUACCAGCACUACUAUUUUCAGGGCUUGACUUUCCCCCAACAGCCCGAGGGGGGCCAGGGGCCUGCUAUGGCAGGGCAGCUUGGUGGAGGAGGGGGGGCCCAUAAGGGCCACCACAGCAGGGCCUUCCAGCAGGGUCUGUUAUACCCCACUGUGGUGCACAUGGCACCAGCCUCUGCUACAAGAAUCGGUGAUACUAGCAGCACUUCUGGCCUGAACUGUUACCACGGUCACCGCUCGGUGUGCAGUGGUUACCUUGCCGACUGCCCUGGCAGCGACAGCAGCAGCAGCAGCUCGGGUCAGUGCCACUGUUCCUCCAGCGACUCCAUGUUGGACUGUACUGAGGUCAGCAACCAGGGGGUGUACGGCAGCUGCUCCACUUUCCGCAGCUCGCUGAGCAGCGACUACGAUCCGUACGUGUACCGGAGUAAGAGUCCAUGCAGGGGGUCUGUGGGGGAGGCGGGGGCUGCGGCGUGCGCCACAGCUCCUGCUGAGGAUUCCUCAUCCCCUGUUCCCUUGGGACACGACUGCCUGCAGCUCCCCCCCGGAGCUUCAGGAUAUAACUCGGGGGACCACCUCUCCAACUGCAGCUUGGAGCCCAACUACAGCAGUCACUCAUCACUGGAACCCAGGGAGAACAGCAACACUAGCACUACCUCAGCCGGGGCUCCAGAGCCCCCCAGAGCAGACAGGGGGAAGGGGCCACAGGAAGAGUCGGGGGAGCUCGGGGCUGCAGCCUGUAGCUGCUGCUUCGAGGGCCCCCCUCCCAAUGUGGAGUGCAAAGGGCAGGACUCGGACCAAGCUGGGCCUCUGGCCUCAGGACGCUUUCACAGGGGGAUGGACUUUCACAGCGCCUCCUCCAAGAACUACUUUGCCCCCGAGCACCUGUGCCCCCCCUCGGAGCAGGUGAGCUACGAAGGGCUGCCUUGCUGCUUCUACAAAGAGCUGAAGGUGCACAGGGCCGCGGGGGGCCGCUACGCCGAGGACUAUGCUGUUAAUGUGCAGUACGCAGACUCGGAAGUCUGUUCCGGGCAGGGCUGCUGUGAACUCAACCAGAGAAUACCCAUAAUUCCUGAGGACACAGAUUGUGAAUUGGGCCCAGGGGAAGAGACCCAGAGCAGUUUAUUACCCAUUAAUGUCCCAGUGGAGGCAGAGGGGCGGACAGCAGAGCAACAUGAGCCCAGGGAGAGGUAUUUUACCUCUGGACAAUUUAGAGGUCAGUCGUACCCUCUGGAGGAGGAGACCAGGGCUUUGUUUCACCCUCAGCUCUCUGCCAGCCCAGCUGCUUUGGGGAGCAGUACACCAUCAAAUGAGGGGGGUCUUGGUAUAUGAACUUAGAGCCCAGUGAGAUGGGACUCAGUCUGAAGUAUGUAUUUGGUACCGAAUCUGUCAGUCAAUCAUUGAAACCCUCAGCUGCCUUGUUGUAACCGUGCUCUCUGAGCACUGAAUGUUAUCAUCUUCGAUUGUGUGGAUGUCUACUGAAAUGGCCUGUCAUUUCUAGACAGUGUGUCAAGUUCAUUCCUGUGGCCAUGAAACAUCUCGGCACCAUGUUUUCAUAGCACUGAGACAAAGUGGAACUACAAAUAUAGAUGGACUGAAACUAGAAGUAGGUUGGUUUGGUUUCUAUCUGCUGCCAUCAAGGGUAAUUAAGUCAUCUGGGCCCAUUUCUUAAGAGAUUUUAGUUUCUAUAUCUUUUCUGCAAAAUCUAGGAAUCUGCCUUUUUUUUCUCCACAAAAAGAUCACCCUUAAUUCACAAACAUCUACAUGUAUAGGUGCACGCAUAAACACUGACUGCCUAUAAAGCUUCAACCACCAGCUCGAAUAGGUUGUACGGACAUAGCUAUACCAAAACAGAAAGACUUGAUUGUUUUAUUUUCUUUUACUUUUGUCAAAAGCAGGGAAAUGGGUCCUUUUUAAGUGUCUGUGACCCACACAUUUCUCUGAGGAGAAGAAGCUAUAUAUUACAGAAAAAUGCAUAGAAAUGUGAAUGCAAGGCUGACACUGGUGUCUAUUCAAUAUUAAUACAGAAUUUGUUUAUGCAUUGCAUUUCUGUCCAGCAGUGGCCUACCUGUAUGAAAUGUGCCAGAGCAACAUGAAAGCCUUACGCUGGGAAGCUGUUUGUAGCAAUAUCUAAAAGACACUGCGCCUCUUUGGGUUGUCUGAAGUGGCAGUGUCUCGGGGUCAGUAGAUGUUUUUCAGAAGCAGAGUGUUGCACUCUUACUUUUUGUUUGGAAGCCCAUAAAAGUGUAUUUUUGCUGUCACUUACCCAAUUUCCUAAAUGAGACAUGCUCUAAAAGAUAUCUAGUAUGUAUCAAAAGGCCAAAGGAAGGUAGCUGGAAAAGACUCAUUUUUCACAAGGGUUCCUUAUUUUACUGUGAUUUUUUUUUUAAACAAUGCAGUUAUAAAUACCAUAGUGUAUCUGUUUGAAUCAUAUCGUGCCAUGCAUAAUACAUACUCGCGAUAUCAAUGCUUGUCAUUCAUGCCUUUCUGUUUGUCCUGCAGACUGUUUUUAUACUGUUUCUAUGAAAUAUACAUUCUCUACAGAGGAAGACUUUCUGAAUAACCCUAUUUAUAAGUUAACCCAGUGCUGUAAUCAAGUGAGAAUCUAAUCUUGCCUUUUGCAUAGAGAUAUGUACCUACUGCAAAUAUAACAUUUUGGGUACUUGAGUCACUAUUUAAUUUUUUUGUUAUCGUUUCUAGCACUUAAAAUGUGUACAAAAAUUAAUAUUUUUUAAUUUUUUAAGAAUAUAAUUAUUCUCUGUCACUACCAUUACAAAUGUUUUAAAGAAAAAAAGGCUAGAAAUCAAUCUGUGUAUAUUUCUGUACCUGUAUAGCAAACACAUUUCAUAAAUGGAAAUGUUCUCUGAAUAUUUAUUUACUAAUAUAUUUAUCUUUAAGCCAUGUCUUAUGUUCAGAGUGUAUGAACGUUUGAGUUAUUUGGUUGCUUUUUAUUUUGAGAAAAAUCACUAACAUGAGACUUUGUAUAUACAUGGUAAUUGCACACAAGACGAUUAAAUCUUCUCUGACCAAAAAACUGAUUUUAAAACUUUAGUACCAUACAGUUUUGUAAUUAAAGUGUACAAAGAUCUGUAAAAUAUACAGUUUUAUUCAAGUAA